UCUUCCUAGGAGUUGAAGAAAAUAAAGCCGCCCCAGCACACGAACGCACGCCGCCGCUUCCUCCUUCGCCUCCCGGUUUCUUCCUCCGUUUCCGCCGCAAUCACAGAUUGCCGCAGCGGUGACAGCAAAAUCGUUCCGGGUCCUCAAUCGCGACGCGAGGGGGUUUGAUCCGUGGACUACGGGGGAAACGAUGUCAUCUCGAUUUGGUUAGGGUUUGGAAGGAUGCCGCAGCAGAAUUGAAGAUUAGCAAAAGAGUUGCUGAUUGUGUAAAGAAUCUGAUACAGACAAGAAUACCAUUGUACGGAGUACAUGUUAUGGAGGGCCAAGACUUACAAGAGGAAAAUGAUGAGAUUCAAAUGCUGAAUGAUUUGGGCUUGGGAGAGGAUAUCAGCUCUGACGAGUUCAUUAAAUACUUCGAGCAGCUUCCCACUAAACCUGCUGUUGAUAUUUACACUAAACUGGACAAUGAGCAGCUCACGGCACUCUACGAGCGCCAUGCACGUUAUCGCAUCAGAUAUUUGAAGUUGUCACAAACAGACUCCAUGGAUAAGCUGAAUGCUGAAUUGAAGCAACACAAUGCUAUGGACCUUCUCGAGGAGGACUUAUCUAGAGAGUUUAUUGCUAAGAUGAGAUAUUUUAAGCACUUUGAGGAAGAUGGCACCUUAUAUUGGUUCUUCCACCCUGAUCUCUGCAGGCUUGAAGCCUUGGAUGACUAUCAUCGUCUAGUACUUCGAAAUCAUGUUGGUUCUGACUCUGAGUACGCUAAUUGGGAUAAGUACCGCAAGUUUUUUUACAGUUAUGAGACUGAACAAGAAUAUAUCAAUUACUUUGAAGAGUUAUCAAACAAACUGAAAUGGAUGGAAGGUUGUGUCCUGAUUGAGGAGACAUCUCUUAAGUUUGGAAAGAUAAGCACACGAGGAGCCUAUCAGGCAAUUAAGAUCGCAACUGGUUUUUCCAAGAUCACUGGGAAGUUGGCUUACACUGGCUAUUAUGAAUGUGUGGAUAACUUGAGUUUUGAUGCUUCUUGGCUCAAUGACCUAGAUGGUGUUUAUUUUGAAAUCUGGCUGCGGGUAACUAUGCAAAUGAAGAGUUUCAGAGAUGCAUUGGAGGAAAUUUACAAAUUGGAAAUGUUUCCAUCAAGACAACAAAGAAUGAAAUAUGCGCUUGAUUAUGACUGUUCCGACAUGGAAAUGGAGUUUCUUACUUGCACAGCAAGUGUUACCAGUGAAGUUACAGAGGAUAAAGCUCGUGAGUUGAUUGCAGAAGCAGUUAAAAAAGUGAUUGAUAGACCAAAACUGUAUGAGCAUUACAUCAGAAAGAAGAUAGCUAUCGCUCAAGCUAUUGGUCUGAUUCCCACGGCACUGUCUUGAUUUUACUGAUAAUUGUGAAUAACUCACAUCUUUUCAGUGUUCUUAUACAUGUUACCAUUGUUUACUUACAAAUGGAGGAUGCUAAUAUUGACAUCUGAAUGCUCAAGUGUUUGUGGUAGGGCUGCAAACCAGCACUCCUUAGUGGUCAGAGCGCAUGUGUUCUAUGCGUGGGAGUGUCUAGAGAACUGUGGAAUAAUGCAGGGCCUUUUUUUAAACAGAAUAAUGCAGGGCCUUGGUAAUCAAGAGAGUUGUGGCAUGGAAAGAAUGCAUUAUCCAGUCAUUAAGCUCCAGCUCACUGUGAACGCUUCAGUU